AUUGCACUUAGGAGAUCGUAUGCCAUAACUAUUUGUAAGUUUCAAUUGUGAUUAUUGAGUUAGAGAGUAAACAGUCGCCGGGAUCCACACGACCCGUACUAGUCUACUUGUUGGACUCUUGUCUUAUCUACAUCUCUCCCGGGAUACUCCGGACCAAGUUAUCUAGAUGUCACUGCGAGCACUGCCUCUCCAGUUCCUCAACUUGGGCGGAGAGAUGCUGUACAUUAUUGACCAGCGUCUCAGGGCUCAGAACAUAUUGCCUGAUCGAGCUAAUAAAGUACGCAAUGACAUCAUUGGCAUCAUGCUGAACCGUCGCUUCGUGGAGGAGCUAUUCAAGCCCCAGGAGCUGUACAGCCGCCGCGCUCUCCGCACAGUCUUCGACAAGCUGGCCCAUGCCUCCAUCAUGCGCCUCAACGCUCCCAGUAUGGACAAGCUGUAUGAUCUGAUGGUGAUGGCAGUCAAGCAGCAGGUGCUGAUGUGCACACAGCCGGGAGACCUUCUGCUUAUGACCCUGAACCACCUCGACGCUCUCACUAGCUUUGCUACAUCACCCACUGUCUUGGCACAUGUAGAAUCCACACUUAACUUAUUCAGACAGACCUUCUGCAGCAUGAGUGUUGGAGAGUUAGCCGAGGCCAGAAGGGCACUGCUGGGGUUUGUCCAGGACUUGCGUAUUCGAGUAUCUGUCUUUCUGAAGGAGAAGCAGCAAACUCCACAUGGCACUUUUAUCCUUCCCAUCGGUGGCCCCGUUCCCUAUGGCAGUGAGGUGGCAGGCAUCACCAGGGUGUUUGACAGUAGAGGAGAGGUGGUCAGCGUGAUGCGGUUCCCUGCAGGUGGGCAGUAUGCAGCAGCACUUCCUCAUGGCUCCUUGGCAUCCACAGGCCACAGGGGUACAACACUUGGUACUAACAUGUAUGCAACUCAUAUGGGUGAUGAACGGGCACUCUUGAUAGACCACAGUGCUGGUGCCCUCAGCAACGCCAACCACCAGCCCACUCCAGCCUCCAGUGAUGAUGGCAUCAUUAGCAGCAGUUUAGCUAGUGGAAGAGCACAAGAUGAAUUAAACCUCCUAGCUCAGCUGAUUGGCUCAGUGCCCUCCAACAAAAAGGAGUUUCGACUAAACUUAUUCUAUGCUGAUGAUAACAACAGCUGUGAUGACGACAUUGUUCUGGCUAGUGAUGUUAUCACAAUAGAAGGCAGGAACAGAAAUGGACGUCCAGAGUUGGGUCAGAUCCUGGGAGAGAUGACUCUCCAAGAUGAUGCCCCAUAUGAUGAGGAUCAAGACCUCUUGGACUUGAUGGAUAGUGUAAAAUCUUAGCAAGUAAUAGCCAAUAUGAAGUAUUUCUUUAUUAAUUAAUUAAUGAAGAAAUACUGACUAUUUUAUGUUGCUAAAUGGUGUGAUAAAAGUGGCUUCAGGAAUUAUCAGCUGUACACAAGAUAGCACUGAAAGUAUGAGAGUGAGCAAUCAUUUUGUUUACAUUAUAUGUAUCAUAGUAUAUGCCCUGUAUGAGAAUCACAUAGUAUAAAAUGUUUGUGUGUGCAUAAUUGUAUAUAUAUACACACACAUACACCUCACAAUUUUGUUUUAAUUAUUUAUGAGCAUAUAUUGUAAAGCAUCUAUUACUAUAGUAAAUAUUAAUAAUUCUUGCAAACUCUGCAAGUCAGAUAGACACUAGAUGGCACCACAGCAUUUGUUUUAAAUUUGCAUACCUAUAUUUAAAUUAUAUAUUAUGUAAAUAUUAGUUGGAAAAUGCACAUUUAUAUACUACAAGUCAAUUUGUGCUGCUAUAUCACACGAUGAUCCUCCUUAUCAAGUCUUCAACUUUCAUGUGAUAUAUACUCAGUAUUUGUAAUUUUAAAACGAGCUUGCAUUAAAGUCUGCUGAAGAAAAUGCAUCUGAAACAGAUAGCUGGCUUGUAACAUAGAAGUAGAGAGAUUUUUUACAAGAACGCCGACUUGGUUUACUGAACAAACUUUUUAGAAAGCAUUUAGGUAGUAUGGCUAAGCAGAAUAAACAAAUUGGUCCAGAUUGGAAUAUUUCUUUAUCAAUAAAUGAAUUGCAAAAUAUUUUCUUUCCUGUAGUCCUGUAAAGAUUGAAAUGUAGUCAAGAUGAAUUUAUGAAACAAAGUACAGUAGUAACUACUGUACUUUGAAUCCUCAUCACGGCCCUUGUGGAUUUGUUCAAGUACAGUAGUAUAAAAAUGUUUACCGAAUCUAACUAAUCUUACUGAUUUGAGAGUUUAGCACAUGAUACAAGGUGGAUAUGAAGGACUUAAUAUUUAAAUAAAGUUAUUUUAAUCUCCUGGUUGUGUGUAUGUACAGCACUUGCUAGUGCAAUAUAUAAAUUUGCUGACCGUGUGUGUGUUCCUGUCUACCUGUAAAGAAAUUUGCUGCCCAUUUACUAGUAUGUAAAUUUAAAAACUGGGAAAACUAUCCUUUCUUAUAAAACAUAAUUGUAACUUACACCUUUCAAGCUUAUUUCAUUGCUCACGGACAAAAAUGUAUUAUUUUAGAAGCUAUCAAAAUAUAGCAUGAACCUUAUUAAAAAUGUAUAGUGCUAUAUACAUACAUACACACACACACACAGUAUAUAGAUAAGAAAAGCCAAAAUGAGAAAAAAAAGUACAGGAUAAUGGUUAAGUAGACGAACAAUGGGUGAAAAUAGGUUUAUUGUGUCCGUAUACUGCUGGGACAGAGCUAUACAAAAAGUGUGUCAAAACCAUUCACUUGUACCCACAAUAACAGGACUCUAGGACAAAUUGAGGUUAGGCACUUUGUCAAGUCUUGGCUAUAAUCUGACACAUCUGAACUAAUCACGUAAUAAGACAUAGCCACUUUAUUUUCACAUAUCAUCAGACAUAAUACUGAUACAGUGUACACACAAUGAACACAAAUAAAAGAAUUCCAAGAGAACCCGGCUGUUAUUAAGUACGUACACUAAAAAGACUAGAAUUAAAAAAUCCAUACAGCUUAUUCAACAUUUAAAACUUUCGACCAUACAGCUAAUCAACUUAAAACAGCUGAACUUGUAUACCCUACACAAGGAAAAACUGACAUAAGAAAUAAAAUACAUAAUAUAAACUUAUUUAUUAGGUGUUGUAAUGCUUAAUUGUUAUUUCUCUUAACUAAUAAAAUGUGCAAGAAGACAACCUGAAAAAGUUAUGAACCGAGUAUUACUAUUUGUUAUGCUUGGAGCACAUAGGCAUCCUUCAACCACAGCCCGCUUAUUUCAACACAUUUUCUUGUUCGACAAUUAAAAGGGUUUGUACUUUAAGGAAAA